GUUGGUAGAGAGCAGACAAAACAGGGUGCAACAUCAGCUCCUGAGUGUUGGACUUUCCCAGACGAUGCAUGACGUGUGCCUUUCUGCAGCUUCUGAUCAAGACUGAGGUAGUUUUUAAGAGCAGUCCUGACUUAGCAUCACUCUUUAGCAUGAAACUUUCUAAAAAUCCAAAGAACUUCCUUCUCCUCAUCCUUCUCGGUUUUCUGCUGCUGCUGGAGACCUUCAGGUCCCACUGGCCUUUCAGGAUCUCUCAGGCACCCAAACAAAUCCCACAUAAUGGAGAACCGUCUGGUGAGCGUGAUUUACCUCAGACGACGCCAUCACCAAACGGAGGAGAAUCAGCAUCUUUGCUGAGAGUUAAAGGAACAAAAACCCUGCUGGUAUCAGCCUAUUUAGAGCAUCGCACAGCAGAAAAAGAAGUUCGUGUCAUUGUAAUCACGCCUCGGAGCGAGCAGGCGGUCUUUAACUGCCACCUAGACUGCCAAAGACAGCUCUACGUAUCCAAAGGUGUCAUCAAGCUCAACAAGGACUUCUUUGGCUAUCUAUACGGGACGGCAGACAUCAUGUGUCCCCUUCCUCCAGGCUGUGAAACACCAGUUCACGUGGCCAUUACCCUGAAUGGCUCUAAAGGCGAAGAUCAUGACUUUCUGGAGGUUAAAAACCAAAAGGCAGAAACCGAAUUCUUACCUUACAACUUCACAGUGUGUUUUCCUGUCAUGUUUGAGUUCACAAAUGUCCUGCAGCUGGUGCAGAGUUUGGAGAUGCUUCAGUUACUUGGAGUGAAUAAAGUUGUCAUCUACAAGACCAGCUGCAGCCUGGAGAUUCACCGUGUGCUGGACUACUACACAAGCACAGGUUUCGUUGAGGUGGUUCCUUGGUCUCUGUCAAAGUAUCUGAAUGUAUCUCGAGGUUUUAUGUCUCAUAAGGAUCCAGGUGAUAUCCACUACUUUGGUCAGAUGCCUGCUCUUAGUGACUGCCUCUACAGAUACAUGUACCAGUCAAGAUAUAUGGCCUUCCAGGACCCAGAUGAGCUCAUCUUGCCCCAGUCUGUCAACAGCUGGUUGAAGUUGUUGCCUGUGCUGGAGAAGAGAUAUGGUGCUAACAAGUGUUACAUGUUUGAGAACAACGUGUUUCCCAGAGAGAGAUCGCUGCCUCCUCCCAAGCCCCAAGUUUUGCCCAAACAGAACCAGUGGCAGAAUGUAGCAGGGGUAAACAUCCUAGCUCACCUGUACAAAGAACCUAUCAUGCCUCAGUUUAAAUGGGCCAAGUUUAAAAUCAUCGUCAACCCCAGAGCUGUGUUUACAAUCACCGUCCACGGAGUGGUAAAAUCCCAAAUGGGUUGUGCCUGGAUCGACAGAAACAUAGCGAGGAUGUACCACACAAGGUCUGAAAUGCAAACCAAGCUUAGAGAUGACCAGCUAAUUUACGACGGCCGACUGCUGAACUACAGCACAGAUCUCUCAGCAGCUGUUAACACCGUGUUGAAAGAGAGCCGACUCCUAUCUGGCACAAAGUGAUGAAUGAAAGUCAUUGGAUGUGCUCUGGUGCUAAUGCUAAUACUGACUUGAAAGCUUUGCUUUACAUAAAAAAAUACUUUUUGAUAAAAAUAAACAU